AUGCAAGCAGCAGAAAUGCCCGCGCAAUCAGUAGAGUAUUGGAAAAGCAAGCUUCCUGAAUUUAAGAACAAAAUUUUAGAAUUCUCAAAUCUCGCACUCCCUAAAUAUCACAAUUAUAAGCUAGAUACUUUGCGCGAGGAAGGCUUAAUCGAUAAAACUAACGUGGAUACUCAAAUUCAAGCAAUCAAAAAAAUAAUUAGCACAACUAUAGACUCCAGCCAACUGCCUCUAUCUCAGCUCUUAGACGCUAUAAAGCGAAAUCUCGUUGAAGAUGCCUCAGAUAUCCCACUUAGCACAGAAGAGCUCACAGAUAUAAUUAAUCAAAUUGCAAGCAGAGUCCCUAUAGGAAUUAUAGACAAAAAGAAAAACACUUAUGAAGAUACAGACCCUCUUUGCAUGUGGUGCUGGGAACUUGAUGAGUAUCCUCAGCCAAGCUGUGUUAAACAAGAACGAAAUUUGAUUGGAAAAGCUAUCAGGAGCUUAAAUAAGCUUAUUAAAGAACUGGAAAAAAAUUACCCAAAUGCUGAAGUAAUCCCAAAUUUAUAUGAUUCUGCUAAUAAAGCAGUGAAAAAUUAUGAAAAAAAAAUCGCUGAGGAUAGAGAAAGAAAAAGAGUAAGAGAUGAAAAAGAAACAGAAAAACAGAUGAAAAAACUGAAAAUUGAGGAAAAAAAGAAACAGGCUGAAGAAGAAAAAAUGAGAAAAUUGAAGGAAAAGGAACAGAUGGAAGAAGAAAAAAUUAAAAAACAGAAAGAAAAAGAAGAGGAAAUCAGGAGGAAACAAGUAGAAAAAGAAGAAGAUUUAAAAAAAAAGCAAGCACAGCUAGAAAGAACUCCUGAAAAAUCGCCAGAAAAGAAGCAAGAGCAGCAGAGCAUUAUUCAUUUCUAUACUAAAUUCCUAUUUUUAUUUAAAAUAAAAUAAUUCCUUAAUUAAUUAUAAUAAAGAAUAAAAAGUAAUGCCCAUGCUUAAAAUGGAAAGUUUUUUCAAGCCAGUCAAAGCUGAAAUUCCCCUUGAAAAAGAAAACCGCAACAUUCUCCAAAAAGUCCUUAUUAAUCCUAGCCAAGACGACACAGUUCCUGGAGAUUUAAAUUCUUGGAAAGCCAAAUGGAAAAAAGACAUCAAGCAUUUUAAACCAAAAAGCCAUUUUAUCUAUAUACAAGACAGCGCUUUAAAGCCUUAUUUUGAAGGCUUUCCUAAGAUCGUCGAAGUCAAAAGAAACCCUUAUUUUAUUUAUCAAGACGUUAAUUAUGAUAUAGACAGCGAAGAAGAAUAUGAAGAAAAAUUUGGUGAGGAUAUAGAAAAAGAAGACGAUGAGGAGGAGUCUGACUCUUAUACAGAAUCAGAGGAAUCUGAUGUAAAAUUCGUGGUGCCUGAUGGGUAUUUAUCAAAUGAUGAAAUACCUGAAGGAGAAGAAGGGCCAGAAGUCAUUAGUUAUAAACCUCCUGAAGAAAUUUUGCCUAUGAAAAUAAUUACUUUGGCAAGUGAUGAUGCUGCGCUGUUGUGCUCGCUGAAGGCGGUAAAUUUGCAAAAUAUUCCGUUACCUAUUAUAUAUAAAGUUGAAAAAACACCUUUACUUCCUCAAAAACCUCCGAAAAAAACUAUCGAUGACCUUAUUGAAGAAUUCAAAACUGUUGCACAAGGAAAAAACUCAAAAAAAGAAAUUGUGGCUUAUUUUGCUGAAAAAUACCCAGAAAUUUCAAAAUUAUCUGUUUCUAAAAAAAUCCAAGAAUUGCUUGUAAGGACGAAAAUUGGGAAUGAUAAACAAAAAUAUUAUUUAAAAAGCUCCCUGGAGGUUGCUGAUCCAUUUUCCUCAUCAAACCAAGGGAUUACAACAGCAAAUCCAAACAGCCAAGCCUUUGUAGACGCAAGUACAGGUGUAUCUUUGCCACUUCCUUUUUCUCCAUGCCAGCCUGCAAUUAAAGGAUUUUUAAAGCCAAAAGUGACAGCAUCACAGACAACUGGUAGCACCCAAUCAUAA